GCCGAAUCUGGGCCAUUUUUUUUGAAGAUUGUUUUCCGCUCCCGCUCGCUAUCCCUGUGUGUGUGUGUGUGUGUGUGGGGGUAAAACUCGGCGCGGUUGGCAGCGCUGUGAGCUUGGCUGUGUGAAAUUGCCGGGUGUAGAUUUGCGCCCUGCUUUGGAGGGAGGGGGAUAGAAGUAUUUUUUUUGUUUAAUUGUAGAUUUUUUUUGGGUCCACCCCGUGCGGUCGUCCGGUCUCUCUCGCCUUCGGCCCCGUGUUGCUGCCGCCACUACCCCGCGUCCGACAACACCGCCCACCCCAUCCAUCCCCCUUCCUCUGAGUGCAGGCUGAUGGCGGCGGAGCCGGUGGCCGGUGGGGGGUUCGGCCCCGGGCCCGGCCCUGGCCCCGAGCGAAUGUUACGAGGGCUGAAGCGAGACGAGCCGGGAGACGCAGCGGCGGCCGAGGCGAAGAGACAGCGGCUGGAAGCCAGCGUGAACCCGGGAGAGAACGGGAUGAGCAGCGAGGCCGCACAGGAUUCAGCACUGAAGUUCAAAGAUUGUACAGAGCGGUGUGACUUCAUGGGUAGCCAGGAGCCAGCAGCCACCCCAGAAGCUAUGGUACAGCCGUAUGCAACAGUUCCAUUCCCUCCUCCCCCUCCUCCUCCUCCUCCACAGAAUGGAAUUCCAACAGAAUACACUGUUCCACACACUCAGGACUACACAGGUCAGACGCCAGUCCCAGAUCAUAGUCUGAACAUCUACGCAUCCAGUCAGACCCUUGGGGAACAGAGUGGCACAAUUGCCAAUGUACAGCCUGUAUCUGGAACCGCCACACAGACAGAUGAAGCAGCACAGACAGAUGGACAACAACAAACACAGAGUACAGAGAGCAAUGAGAGCAAACCCAUACCUAAACGGCUUCACGUUUCCAACAUUCCCUUUCGAUUCCGUGAUCCUGACCUCAGGCAAAUGUUUGGGCAAUUUGGUAAAAUCAUAGAUGUAGAAAUUAUAUUUAAUGAGCGUGGCUCAAAGGGAUUCGGGUUCGUAACUUUCGAAUCUAGUGCUGAUGCCGACAGGGCGAGGGAGAAAUUACACGGCACGGUGGUUGAGGGCCGUAAAAUAGAGGUAAACAAUGCCACAGCUCGUGUGAUGACUAAUAAGAAGAUGGUGAGCCCUUAUGCAAAUGGUUGGAAGCUGAGCCCUGUGGUUGGUGCAGUCUACAGUCCUGAAUUUUAUGCAGGUCCAGCAUCACUAUCAUCAUUACCCUUUCACCUACAUCCUGUUGCCUCUACAGCACUCAGUCCAACACACAAUGUUCCUGGUUUCCCAUAUCAAGCAGCCACUACUGCAGCUGCCCUGAGAGGUGCCCUGAGAGGACGAGGUCGUGCGGUCUAUAGCGCAUUCCGUGCAGCAGCACCUCCCACUGCCAUCCCAGCCUAUGGAGGUGUGGUUUACCAAGAUGGAUUUUAUGGUGCCGAUCUCUAUGGUGGAUAUGCAGCCUACAGGUAUGCACAGCCAGCAACUGCAACUGCUACUGCAUACAGUGACAGCUAUGGGCGUGUUUACACGGCAGAUCCCUAUCACACACUUGCUCCCGCGCCUACUUAUGGAGUUAGCGCUGUGGCUAGUUUAUAUCGAGGUGGAUACAGUCGUUUUGCUCCCUACUAAAAGUGAUGUGAACUCCUGCGAUGGGAACAGCCCCUUCCCAAGGCCUGGUUGUUGCAAUAUUACAAGUAGUGGAACUUUAUAGCAACUCAACAUGAAAAAAAAUACACGAGAAAGAGAGGAAAUCAUUACACAAGAGACCUACUUUUUUAUACCUCAUUAUGUUCUUCUAAACAUGUAUUUUUUUUCCUUUUGUUUCUGCCUUCAUUUUUUUUUGUUCCAAAGAUUGUGCAGACAGUUUUUAACUGUGGUAUAAAAGUGCAUUUCUUUGUGUGUGUAGUGGCAUUUAUGAAAUCAGCUUCAUAUGACAAAAGUCAGACAAAUGAAAUCUAAAAAAUAUUAGGCACAAAAGCAGUAGUAAAAACCAAAAGUCAAAUUGAGUGCCCACGGGAAACUGGUCCCAGUAAAGUGUGUGGAGCAGUAGCACCAAGGGUCUGUGGAUAUACAAAAUAAAUCUUGAUGGGAGGGAAAGAGAGAGAUUCACCACUUAAUGGAGUCAGUUCAAAAUGAGGAGAGGUGGGGGGGGGCAAGCUGGAAAUUAUCCAUUUAUGAGUGGAUGGAAACAAUUUUUAUGUUGUGCUUUGUUUUUUGUAGUGAGUGCAGCUGCAGCUUCCAUCUAAUCACCAUUUCCAGACAUAGCAUGUUAAAUUGUGCCUGUUUGUACCCAAUUGAACAAUAGCAACAGCCGAGAUAUUAGUUGCUAUCAAACAGCAAAGUGGCUGCAAUGCUAACUUUUGUCCGUUUAAUCAUUCAUUCAAGACUCAGAAGAUCACACAACCCACCUCCCUCCACUGGUGAUGUAAAUUUAUCUCCACGCUUUUGUUUUUAAAAUGAUAUUGACUUUUUGCAUUAGCAUCCAAGCAAAUUCCAAAUGGAGGUUUCAUGCCUCCUGUGUAAAAUGGGGCAGGUUUACACUGCACUGUCAGGUAGCACCAUUGAAUUAAGUGAUACAAUCCAGAAGUGUUUGGCACUAAAUAUAUGCAUGUUUUAAUUGCAUCAGGUUAAUUGAAUUGUAUUAUCCAAUGUAUUUGUAUUUUUUUAAUGUGACCUAGGAUAUUGCUCCAACUGGCUGACACCCUUGCAUUCAGCAGAAUUACAUAAAAAUGCAGUUUUUAAAUCAAUCUUUUUUUAACUCUAAUCAUCGUCAUCAGAUUUUGGCUGCUUUGUGAUCUUUGUUUCAUUUACCUCUGUCUUCGGUGAGUACCUAAGCAAGCAGGAAGAUGCUGCUCAGAAAAUGGUCAUCUGGCAUGAGAAGAAUCUAGCUCUACCCCUGCCUGAAAGGUGUAAAGGGAAGAGCAGAGGUGUGAAUUGGAAGAAGAGGUGUGGAUAGGGUGGGGAUUGAGGACUUUCAACAGGAAAGUUCUGGAAGGUUGGUCAGACACACAGUUGCAUCAUGUAAAUGAAAAAAGUUAUGAAUACUACACUUUGGUAGACAUUUUAAAGGCAUUCAUGAUGCCAUUUCAGAUGUUUUUUUUUAGGAAGUUAGCUGAGCUAAUGUGUGAGUGUUAGUCAAUGAGGCUCCAGGUCAGAUUGAAGCUAAUAAUUUAUUGUGCAUGCUUGGGGCUGGCCCAGACCUAUCCAUUCUGUUCCAAUGUCCCUGGAGCUUUGCUGUCUGUUAUAUCUGCACUGGGAGAUUUAGGUGGGAGUGAAUUGAAAAAGUAUACUUCCAUGGUGCAGACAGCACAGUUGCUGCCAGAGUUUCUGAUCAUGUAGAGUAUUCCCAACACAGUGUACACUGCACCGGGCUUAGUAAGCUAUUUAAAGAAAAUCAAUCUUUGUUAAAAGAAAAAAGGGACACUAGUCGUAGACACCACACUGCCGUCCUUAAAUUAUGAAUUUUUUUUGCAUUGCAAGCCAAAGCAUGGUUUGUCGCUGAAUGACAAUUGUUUUUUGUAUAUAAAAAUAUUUUCAUUGUUGUUAUAAUAGGGAAACAUUCACAGAAAAGUCUCAUCACAGAGGAAGGAAUUUAAAAUGGGAAUGUGGUGUGGCAAAUGACAGCAUCUCCUGGUAGUGCUCCUGUUAGUUUAGUAGUGCUUAGAGAAGGAAAAUGUAGACACCACAGAGUUGCUGUGGGAGUUGCUGUUCUGUGUCACACCAGGUUCAGUAAUAGUUUUCAUUCCUAUGACUACAAUUCAUAUUCUUUUACUUACGUUAACUUUUAUAUUAUAACCAGUGAACAUGUUAGUGAGUUAGCACUACAGCUGCACUCUACUCCACUGACUACCAAGUAACCCAAGGGUAUUGUUCUCAAUCCUUGUUUUUGUUUUGUAUAAGCCUCAGAGCAGCUGUAGAAUAGGCAGAAUAUUUGGAGGGAACAAUUUCUGAGUAGAGUAAAUGUUUUUUUUAUUCUCUCUUUAUUUGGCAAAAGACCAUCUUGCUUUCAGCAGGAAUGGGCCAUGUCCAGUCAGCAGCUUACCAUAUGGUAAAUAUCCGACACCCCAUCCAUCGGGUCAGGUUCAGUGGGACUGACAAGUUUUUAUUUGUUUUGUGUUGUGCAUGCGUGUGUGUGUGUGUGUGUGGUUUUUUUUGGAAGGGACCCAUUGCUGUAUCCCGACUGGAAUAGGAAACUUGGUUGUUAGUAGUAGGAGUCAUUAUCACAGUGACAUGGCUGAUGCAGAUACUUGAACCAUUUAAUCCUUAAGCCUUUAUAUUAAGCAACAUUUAUUUCUUUCCAUUUACUUGUAAUACAGUUCACCCGAUACGAUCGCAAUCACCCAUCCCCCACCACCAUCACCAUCCUCCCUUUCCCCUUCUCCUCCCCUCCCCCAGAUAAACAAGGAAAAGUUUCACCUUCCAUAACCGGAAGUUCCUGUGAAUCACAAAGAGGAGAGAGCCCUCUCUCUGAGCUCCAGCCAAAGGGGAAAGGAGUGUUGGGGUGGGAGAAUUAGAAAUUGUGCUGUGGUGCAGGCAUUGGAAAGGGAAUAAAAUAGGAGAAAACACUAAACAAUUUAAAAAACCAUGUGCAGGUGGUAUUUAAUCUUGCUAGAAAGCUAGCAUCAACACUGUCCUGACCCUCAUCCCACCUUGUUUGUGAACGUUUCCCAGAAGGUAUGGUAUAUCGUAUAGUAGCUUCAUCACCGAGCAGUAUUCAUUGGGUUAUAAUUAGAUAUAAUCAUGAAUGUUAAGUAGAUAGCACAUGGACUAUUAUUCCUUUUGUAUUACUUCCCAUGUAUAAAUUAUUGAUCUUGUUGCUGGCUUUUAUAAACUCGAAGGAAGGGAAAUCCUUCCCAACAGUAAUAAAGCACUGUUUUUAAAAUAAAACAAAAAUGGUGAGAACGCA